CCUUGCUUCUGGUCUAUUAUGAUAAACCUUGCAAGGAUCUCUGGCUUACUGGAUUCUAUUCACCCGUUUUUUACAAUGACAUGUGAAGCACAAGGUGAGCUAUUCUCGUACUGGUAUAUGGCAUUUCGUUGCAAUUCCAUGGUAGGCUAUAUAAAACACCGUUGGGUAACAAGAUUUAAGGCAGAGGCCAGGUGAAUAAAGUGGCAGAAUAACAAAACCAAGGGACACCAGCAUUUCACGAAUACGAAUCGGAUUCUAAUUUUGCUGGGAGCAACACAUAAAAUUUGAUGGUCUAUGGUCCGAGCUCAGCAUCUUGGUCGAUCCCCAGAUGGAAAUCACACCGGGCAUUGGUUUCUCUGUCACAGCGAUAUCUAUGGUGUCAUGUUUCCUACUGAACGUCCUUGUCGACAACCUACCCAUACCAUCGAAGUAUGCAGAUAGAUCCCAGCGACAUAAAUGGAGAAAUGUAGUCGUUUCAACUAUCCACGCAGUAUCAGGCACCAUUGGUGGAUUCGUGAGUAUAUACUUUGCCCCAGAGUUACUAGAGGAUCAUAUGAAUGUUCCUUCAUCCAUUAUGCUGCUGUCUAUGGCAAUCAGUAAUGGAUACUAUAUUUAUGACUUCAUCGAUCUUGCAAGGAACACGAAGCUGAACAAUUUUCUUCCAUUAAUGAUGCAUCAUACAGCGUCCAUUAGUUUUGUAAGUUGGGUGUUAGUGAGGAGGAAGCUCAUUGGUCUCAUUGCCAUCUCGUCAUGCAUGGAGCUCAACGGCAUCUUCCUCCAUCUUCGCCACAUCCUCCUCAUGUGUGGCUACAAGAAAGACGACAUCGUCUUCCGAGUCAACAACGUUUUCAACGUCGUCACAUAUUUCGUGCUUCGCCUGGGUAUAUUUGCGUACGACACGUUGUGGUUGUGCUGGAAUUGGAAUGAUGUCGGUUUGUUUCUUCCUGCAAUGGCUGCGACGUUGCUCGGUUUGAACAUUGCUCUAUUUAUUCGACUCAUCAGAAGUGAUUAUGUGAAGAAAUCUGCCAAGCCGACGCCACACGAUAUCAUGGCCGGUUGAUAGAAGUGGCUUCCAUGCAGGAAAUAGUUUACGAUAUGGUCAAUAAUAAAGUACUAUUUUUGUCAUUAUAACCAUUGGGAUUUGCAUUAUGAUCGUAUACGGAAAUAAUGCAAAAAGUGUGUGAUUUAUUUUUUGUAAGUAGAAUAUCAUGGACAAAAAAGUACGGAUCCCCGAUGUAAGGAUGUAUACAUAAACACUGAGAUAGAUUAUUACUCACAGAAAGACCCUGUUUUUCUUCUCUACAAAAGAAAUGACAAGCCUACUGGUGCCUCACGAAGGGAGUCCUCUUUCCAUCCUCGCUUCCAAAAGAGGGCACACUUGUAAGUGGCAUUUGUAUACAACUUUGGACGAAGGGGCGCGUCCCCCUGCCCCCCUAAUAUAUUUUUUUUCUAAGUAGAAAGCACUGAUAUGGGUCUAUAUUACUGAUCUGCUCUUUGUCAGUAGUUUUAAAAUAUUGGAGAAACUCGUGCAAUUUUCAUUUUAUCAAGAGGUUAAUGAUAAAUUGAAUAUAUGACAUAAAGAUUCGCUAAUUAAAUCAGUUCAUGUUGGCUGACCGGAUAAAACAAGAAGAUGUCGAAUUUGUUUCAGAUAGAUAAGUUCUGAAAUCUGUAUUAUUUUGAGGAGUGAUAAUAGCUAAAUUUGGGCCUAUUUCAAUGAAUUGUUAUAAGUAUUUGCUAUAUAUUUGGAACGGGUCUGACGAUAGACCUUCGUCACAAACAAUGGUGUUGGAGGUUAAUUUUUUUU